CCAAAGGAGAGCAGUCGAUGGUUAUGAGGACUCCAAAACGACACUCACCACUUACCAUCAAGCAAAAUUGAAAAUCGCCGGCCGACAAUCAACCAAGCAAACGACCAACCAGCCAGAUAUCCAUCCAUUCAGCCAGUCACCACAUUCGCCAACAUUGUAAGCAGUAAGGGUUGUUUUGUAUACAAUUUGCGCAUGACCCAACCACCGACCGACCAACUAACUAACCGACCGGUCCUCAACGCUAUCGUCUCGCUUCCGUGCAGGUAACAGCCGGCAUCAACGCAACCCAUAGAGCACAGUUGAACAGCGGCAUUCGGAGCGUACGGACCAUAAACAAAUAGUUUGGCGGAAGCGGCAAUUCUUCUUUAACUAAUUUCAAUUAUAUUCUCCCUCACUUCUCAUUUCUUAUAACACCCCAAAAAUUUAGACAUUUUGAAUAAUAAUAUCAACCAACAACAAAUCAGCUAACCAACAAAAAAGAAACCAAGGAACUUCAUCACACUUUGUGUAUGUAUCCAGUGGUGUGGUGUUAACCAGGCAACAGCAGUAGCAGCAACAUCCACACACAGAUAAUAACCGUUAUAAUCAUCAGGAAAAGCAAAGCAAAAAAAAAAAAAUAAAGGAAGGAAAAAUUUGUGCAAUUUCAAGUACGACGACAUCAUUUUGGAAGACCUAUUUAUUAGUGCCCUUCUCGAAACAGCAACCAGCAGCAGGAGGUGUUUUCAUCACACAUUCGUGACCAGGGAAAAGUGCAGAGAGUAGGAUAAAAUUCUAGAAAUUUUCCUGCCACUGACGACUUUUCUUCUGUAUAAGAAGUUACAUAUUUUGGGUGUUAAGUUGUAAUUUUUUCGGACAAAUUUUCUUGAGGCCCCCAUUUGACUCCUUUGUGAGCAAGUAAAUCAGUAAAAGUGGAAUCCCCAAAGGCAGAAAACUCUUCGGACGCUCAAACAGCAGCACCCACACCCGCAGCAGUAGCAGCAGCAGCACUAACGGCCGCAGCUGAAACUCCAGCCCAAGCAGCUACCACCCCCAAGGCGUUGGCAAAUAAGACAACGGCCGCCAACAACCGCCGCCCCAAAAUGACCGACAAUUGUGGCAAAUGCAAGAAGACCAUCAAUGCCAAGGAGGGCAUCAGCUGUGGCUGCCAAAAGAAAUAUCAUCGCAGCUGUGCCAAUAUCGAUGACACCCUGUACGAGGCCAUACAAAAGAACCCCAUGAUCUUGUUCAGCUGCGAUGAGUGUCGCCAGCAAUCGCCCAAGGCAAUGGCCACCAAACUCCAGGCCAUGGAGGAUAAGCUGAAUAAGCUUGUCAAUGGGGUCAAUCAGAUACAGGGACGCAUGUAUCAGCAGUAUUUCCAAAUGGGCCCGCCCAAUGCCAAUAAUGCCAACGAGGUGAAAAAGCAAACCAACAGUCUCAUCGUGGUGGGCAACAAUUGCAAUUCGGAUCGCUUGCAGGUGGUCUGCGACUAUGGCCGUUGGGUGCAGGUGGGUAAAUUUGCCACCUCCACCACAGAGGACGAUAUCAUCGAGCACUUGGCCGAAGAAUUGAAAAUGAACAAGAAUCUUGUCAAGUGCACCAAAUUGGUGAAGAACGAUGCAAAUUUGGCUGCCUUGUCAUAUUGUAAAUUUAAAAUUUCCAUACCGGAUUAUCGCUUCAAUGAACUGUUCAACGAGGCUAUUUGGCCUAGUGGUGUAAUGGUCUCACCAUUUACACCACGUUCCCAAUUAAAUCAAAAUCGCAUUUAAAGAAAAGGCCAAAAAAAAAGAAACAACAUCAAGAAGCAAGGCAGCAGCAGCAGCAGCAUGAAGAUGAUGUAGAAGAGAAGGAGGGAGAAAUAGCAGGUGUAUGUAUGUAGAGGCGUGUGUAUGUGAUUUGCAAUGCAAUGAAUCGGCCCCCUUUAGCCAUAACAAGAACAAAAACAACAGCAACACAAAACCCCCAAUUCAAAAGAAGGCAAGAAUGAAAACGAAAAAAUUGAUGAGUGCAAGAAAUGAGAGAGGGAGAGUGAGAGUGAGAAAUAAGUGCAUAAGAAAUUUUUGAGUAUUGUUUGCGGUGUUUAUUUCAUAGUUAAUCAGCUGUGGUGAAUAGAGAGCUUGUAUCAAAUGCCGGCAAAAAAGAGCAGGCUCUCUCCUUCUCACUCUCAUUUAAAAAGUGAAUAGAGAGAGAGAGAGAGAGAGAGAAUAAGUCAACUUUUGCAGUAAGGGAAAUGGCAAAUAAUGGAUACCGACAAAAGUCACAACAAAAACAACAAAUUUCCAGACAACCCCCCUUUACUCUCCCUAUUAUAAAUAACUUGUAUAAUACCAUCAAUUUCGAGAACUUUUGUGUGUCUCCUCCUCACAUUACAACAAGGAUUGCCAUCUUUUAUUUUUUUUAUACUUUGGCAAGAUUCAUGUAUUGCAUCAUAGAAAACAUUGCCAAACAAAAAACAACACCUCUAUUUUACAAAUAUUUACAUUUUCAAAAAUUUUCAUAUUUUUGCAAUUGAAAACAAAAUGUAAUGAAUUUGCUUAAAACUCUACAAGAACAAGAACAAAAGAAAAAUUUUUCAAACCAUUCAAAAGCUUAAAGUAACUUAAAAGAAAAUCCGAUAACAAAUAUUCAUAACCAAAAGAAAACAAAGAUAUAUACUUUAAAUAUUUUAGAAAUUUAUAACAGAAACUCUAAACCUAAAAGUCCACACUAUUUGAGAACAAACAAAUCCCCCCCUCCCCCAAACAAGCAAAAGUAAAAUGUACUUAUUAGAAAUUUGCAACAUAACUUAUAUUUGUCGUAAAAAAAAAUUACCAUAAAAAAAGUAAAAACAAUACACAACAAAAAAGGAUAAGACGAAUUAAAGAAAAAAAAAACAUACACCUCUCCCCCCACAAAGAGCAACUAACCCCUGAUAGCAUUGAAAACAACACAUCCAUCCAUCCAUUACAAAGAGAUGGUUGGGUGGUGAGUAGGGUUUACUAGGGGUCUUUAUGAGAGAAAGUAAAAGAAUUCCUUCAAUUUUUAAAAAAACAAAACACACAAAAUUUAGAAAUUAAUACAAAUUAUUAUGAUUAUGCGCUGAGAUGUUGUACCACAUACAUACAUAUUUAAAAACAAAUACAUAAAAAAGUAUAUAUUACAAUUUAAAAUAUUUCCAAAGACUAACUUUAAGUAUAUUCCCCCUUGAAGACAUUUUUAAAAAUUACAUUUACCAAUUACAACAAGAACAAAAUAUUUAAUAUUUAUAAACACAUAAAUAAAUAUAUAUGUACGCGUACUUUAAAUGUAUGUAUUUUGAAAUUUGAAAAACAAAGAAUAGCGGAACAACAAAACAAACUUCCUUGCAAACAGAAAGUCCUUAGCAAGAAUAUAAUAAACCCACUUUAUAUAUGUUUAAAUAUAUUCAAUUUAAUUUUUUUCUCAACAACCACCAAAAAUAUAUGUGUAUUUCUUCUAAACAUCAAAACUUCAAAUAAACUUGAACCAAGUUUCCUUUUCUUCAAAUGGAGGAAAGACUCAAUUAAUAAAGUAAAAAAAAAUUGAAAACAAAUUCUGUUUAUUUUCACAUAUAUAAAUGCCUAUUAAAAUUAAUUUUUGAGAAAAAAAUGCAGAAAAAUUCUUCUUUUAGUUUAAUCUUUAAAAUAAUAAAAAAAAAAAACAGCCAUAUUCUCAAGAAGUAAGGAACCCCCCAAUUAAAAGAAACCCCCCACAAAUCGUUGUUAAUUAGUAAACAUUCAACAUUAACCACAGAACUUCUUAAAAAUGCAGGGACAGCAAUGAAUUUAACACAGCGUAGCUAUAAUUAUAGACACUGCUGUUAUUCUCUCUUUAACAUAGGCCUCUCACACUUAGCGCCCACCGCCCAGUGUGGGGAAACACCUCUAGCCUGCUGUUAUAGCUACAGCAUGUUCGAUUCUCAUUUGAAACCUCAGGCCGUUUUAGAGCAAGCUCUCUCUCACUCUCUCUAUGAAUGUGAAAAUACAUAGACAUAUAUUAAUGUGGAAACACAUACAUACACAAGAAAUUUCAAAAUAUUAUCCUUUAAUUGUAGUUUGAAGCAAAUUUUUCCAAAUGCUUGUCGUCGUAAACGAUUUUAGAGAUUUUCAAAAUAGUAAAAACCAACAAAAACAAAAAUAUACAUGAAAAAAUCUAUGCAAAUAAAAACAAAAUCUUUUUGUGACAUUCUUAAACAACAAAAACAAAAUUGUUUUCUUUUUCUAAAAACAAACAAAAACAUUCUUUUAAAAACAAUAAAAAAUGUUUUCCUUCUUUUUUUUGUUUUAAACAAACAAAUUUAAAAUUCAAUACCUUUUUUUUCUUUUUUUUGUGCUCAAAGCUAUUGAAAAUUUUAAAAAAUUUUAAUUCUAACCGAUUGAUUAAAGGCAUUUUUUUACAAAACGGCAAGCGUCAAGUUUGUCUUUAUACAUAAAAUCAAUACAAAAUACUUUUUAUUAUGGUUUUUUUUCUGAAUUAUUUAUGAAA